UGCGCUGGGCGGUGCUUGAUCCGGAACUUGUUGUCCCGGAACCCCGGAAGAGGUAACUCGCGCGGUAGACGCGAGUUCGCAGCUCCAUCGUGAGCAACGCUCCAAGCGCGCGCGAGCCUUCAGGGAGCGGUGGUUUAGAUGCUCUCCAAAUCCUUGGUCAUGGAGUACUUGGCUCAACCAAGUGCACUCAGUCUGGCUGCUGGAGUUGCGUGUGGCAUGUUCCUGGGUUGGGGCCUCCGUGUACGCUUUGGAAUGAUCCCUAAAACUCCUGUGAAUGAGACAGAGAGACAGACUGGAACUGAAGCCAGCGUCUUAGGAGAGGGUGGAGAAUAUAAAAUGAUUCUUGUGGUUCGAAAUGACUUAAAGAUGGGAAAAGGGAAAGUGGCUGCACAGUGCUCUCAUGCUGCUGUUUCUGCCUACAAGCAAAUUCAAAGGAGAAACCCUGAAUUGCUCAAACAGUGGGAAUACUGUGGCCAACCCAAAGUGGUAGUCAAAGCUCCCGAUGAAGAAACAUUGGUAGAGUUGUUAACACAUGCAAAAGUGCUGGGACUGACUGUAAGUUUAAUCCAAGAUGCUGGACGCACUCAAAUUGCACCAGGCUCGCAAACUGUCCUGGGAAUUGGCCCAGGACCAGCAGACCUAAUUGACAAAGUCACAGGCCACCUGAAACUUUACUAGAUGAAAUUUUAUGUUGAUGGUUUUACCACCAAAUGCUGUCAAUUUCUAACAAUAAAAGCAGUUUCUUCCAGUUUGUGUAUUUUUGUGUUGAAAAUCUGUAAUUAUACUUCCUUGUGUACUUGCACAGAUAUUUUGGGAUUUUAAAAAAUGUUGGCUACAUGAUUGAAGUGAAAGGUGCUGAGAAAAUUGCUUUGUAUGUUAAUAGCUUAUUCUUUCCAAGGUUAUGUUGCUAUCCCACUGAGGGUCCACAAUUGAACCUUAAUCCCAUUGCAUGCAGGUAAUUUCCCUAUUACUUCUUACAUUCUCUUGGGUUGGGCUGGAGUGACAGCCCAGUGGGUUGGGCAUUUACCUUGCAUGUGGCUGACCCUGUCAGAGCCCAGCAAGCUACCGAGAGUAUUUUGCCCCCACAGCAGAGCCCGGCAAGCUACCUGUGGCAUAUUCAAUAUGCCAAAAACAGUAACAAGUCUUACAAUGGAGACAUUACUGGUGUCUGCUCGAGAAAAUCGAUGAGCAACGGGAUGACAGUGACAGUGACUUCUUAGAUGAAUGAUAACCUACUUUAUCAACAGAUCAUUAUGUAUCUAUUCACAAAUAGUGUAGUGACUAAGAAUCUAACCUGACUUGUCUCAAAACUGAGAUUUUAUAACAAUUUACUCAUCUGUGUAGGGUCUCAUGUUCAGUUUCCCUGACUCAAACUGGCCAAAGUUUCUCAGCAGUGUUAAUUCUGCUAUUUGUGUGGAUCUUGAAGGUGGUAAUGGAGCUUAUUUAAGAAUUUAUUAUAAUUGUGAAGUGAAUGUAUUCAUCAUUCCAACAUCCCAUUGUUUCUUUACCUAGAACUUUAGGAACUAGAAAAUUCAAUUUAUGUCUUCUCUUUUUCCUUUAGAUUUGCAUAUGCUUAACAUGAUAUUGUUACAGUGAUCACUUAGUAAUCAUUACUGUGGAUUCUUAUUACUGUUGUAUUUUUAUUUUUAGUUUGGGGGCCAUAUAUAGAGGUGCUCUAGUUCUGUACUGAGGCAUCACUCCUAGCAGUAUUUGGAAGACCCUAUGGGGUAGAGUGGAGACUGAAUCUGUAUUGGCUGUGUGCGAGAUAAGUGCUACAGUAAUGCUCUGGCCCCUAGUGAUAUUAAAAAUUUCUUUAAAAAUUCAAACACUGUGAUUUGCCAAGUUUUUUUAUAGUACAGUUGUUUCAGGCAUUGUUACAUCAGUCCCACCACCACAGUGAUCUUCACUCCACCAAUGUGUCCCCAAUUUCCUACCCACCAUCCCAGCCCACCCCUUUAGCAGGCAUAAAUUUACUUCACAUUGUUUUGAUAUAAGGCAAAAGAAAUUAUCAAAACAAAAUCAAGUCAAUUUAUGAUAAUAAUUGUAUCACACAGUGGCUUUACUGGCCGCUGACAAUUUCCUGGUAGAAUUUUAAAUUUUAGUAUUUCUGGGCUAGAGCCAUAGCAAUCAAAAGCAACUUUCCUUGGGGGUAGAGAGAUAGUUAAGUGGCAGGGCACUUGCCUUGCAUGUGGCUGACCCAGUUUUGAUCCUUGGCAUCCCAUAUGGUCCCUUAAGCCCUCCAGGAGUGAUUACUGAAUGCAGGCAGAGCCAGGAGUAUGCCCUGAGCACCAUCAGGUGUGACCCAAAAAUAAAAAACUAAGAAGUGCUUGCCUUGUACACAGCCGACAUGUACCACAUAUGGUCCCCCAAGCACUGCCUGUACCCUGAGCAGAGCCAGGAAUAAGCCUUGAGCAUAGCAGGGUGUGGCCUUACAACCCCAACCCAAAAUAAAUGAAUUUAAACCCACUAUUUCUCUAAUAUUACGAUACCAGGGAAAAUCAUCUUAACAAGUACAUGUUAAGUGGCUACAAUUUCUCUAGAGUUAACAUCAACAGCAUUAGUUGGCAAUGGAAUCAAGGCAGAAUGCUAAGAAAUACUUGAACAACACUUAAAAGCAUUAAUAUUUGGUCAAUAUCACAUUGACAUGUGCCAGCAGAAGCUAACUGAAUGAGGCCACAAUAGCAAGUUUCUAAACAGAAUGUUUAUACUCAACUCAAAUGUGAUGCAAUAGCAAGUAACGGGCUCAAUCCUAAAUGUACAUUUCUUCCUCUGGUAAAUUUGGAGGGUUACCUUAGAGACUGAAAGCUCCAAGUUCAAGUGCAUUUCCAACAGGAUGGUCUACUUGUGGGUGAUACAAGUUACUGUAAUGGCAUAAUUACUAGGAUAUGUAGCAUACAAAUUCUGAAAACAUAUCGAUUUCUUUUUCUGAGGAGGGGAACACACUGGGCAGUGCUAGUCUAUCACAGGGCACCAGGAAUUGAACUGUGGGUUCCCCUUUGAGCAACUGCCCCGGCCCUCAGCCCUCAAUUGUUUCUACUGCACCUCUACUUAACUAUUACUCUAUAGACAUGGCUCUCUUAAGUACACUUACUCUACAGGUCUCUAAAAAGACACUUUCAGGUGGCCCAAACAUUUAUGUAAAACUUUUUUCAUCACUUUCCCUGAUGACACAAAAGUCACAGUGAAACUGCUCACCCUUGUCAUAGGCACCUACCUGUGUAAAUAGGCACUGAACUCUUCAAUGAACUGUACUCAGAUAACAGGAGUUAUCUGAGCUAACUGGGAGCUAACUCAAAAGACACAAGCACAUGCUGUGCAUGCUAGAGACCAGAGUUUGAUCCCUGGCACCAUGUGGUUCCCUGAGCACUGCUGAGAGGGACCCCAGAGCUGUUUGGUGUAGCAACUUCUCCAUUUUUUUUUCCACUUAAUAAUCUUUUUUAAUCAAGGAAGCAGUAAAAAAUUGAUCAUAAAUGACCUCUAACUAUAAAUAUUUUGUGAAAUAUUUAAAGACAUCUGGUGCAUUCCAAAGUAUUUUGACUUUAUUUGGGAUGGGAAGAGAAGGCUUUCUUUUUAUUGAAUCACAGUGAGAUAUACUUAUGAAACUUUCAUGUUUGAGUUUCAGUCAUAUGAUUGAACACCCAUCCCUCCACCAGUGUACAUUUUCCACCACCAGUGUCCCCCGCCUCUAUCCUCUAUGGCAGACAUUUCCCUUUCUCAGGAAAAGAAGCCUUUCAUUGUUAGAGAGUGAACUCUAGGGGACCAGUAAUUCCUUUUCUCCUUCAAUUUGUUUUGAAGUAAAAUAGUUUUAGAGAAAUAUGGAAAGAGAUGGGGGUUUGAGAGUUAUGUGUCUAAGAUAGUUCACAGGCUUCUGCGGGGGGGGGGGGGGGGGGGCGGGGGGGAUCUGAGGACUCACCUUGGAUUGAGAUUUCAGGGUCCCUAAGAUGGAGAACGCACAAUGACCUAUUUUCACAAAGUUGCGGUUAUAGUAGGGCUUUUCCCAAACUACCCCUACCUGGGCCUUUGUUCUGUAGCAUGUUUUCCCUCAAUUUUGAUAAAGUCGAAGAAGGGGGUCAGAGGUGCCACAGAAACAAAGUAAAAACAUGGUUUUAACAGCAAAAAUGUUCUAUGGGAAACAAAAAGGAACUUUCCAAGAAAUACUGAACUCUGUUUAAAGAAGAUGGACAGAGAAACAAGAAUUCUAAGUUUUAAAAAUUCUUCGGUGGAUGUUAUAAUCAUUUGCCUGGACAGGAUGACUCCCACUAUUGAGUAUAUGUGACAGUCAAGUGAACUGAAGAAGUGAUUCAGGGGCUAGGGAGUUAAUGCAAAAGGCUAAAAAUGCAUGGCAGGCAGGCAUGAGGCCCUGAAUUCAAUCACUGCACAAUCUUGGGGCACUGCUGAUUGUAGUCCUGGUGACCACCUCUGGUCCACAUAACUGGUCUGAGUAUUGCUGAAGUGACACCUAGACAAAUAGCACUGCACGGGAACACAGCUCACUCUCCCACCCCUGUACUCCCCUAAUAGUUGGAUUCAAAUACCUGUGUGGUUUUUUUUAAAAUCACAUUAACCUACCCAUAUUUUGGGGCUUCCACAAUUCGUGUGGAGGAACAUCAUAUUAACUACGUGCCUUUACACUUUUCAAUUAAAUCAAUAGACCAUGGGUGCUAAAUUAAGUGAAAUGCUUAGAUAAAAACCUGAUGUGCCACUUGGUUAAAAUGAUAGAUGUAGUCAAAAUUAGGAUGUACCACACCAAUCAGUUUUUUAUAGACUAAUGCUUCUACUUACAGGAAGGUACUACAGCUUAUAAAACUGCCUUGUUUCCACAUGUCCCAAUCAUCACUUCCAUUUCUGUUCUUGUGCCAUCUGCAACUCUACUACCAAUUUGAAACUACUAAAAGCCUGGUUCCAAAGAGAAUAAAAGAGGAGGGAAAAAAGAGGGAGAGCUGGUUUCUCUGGCUUAAGUUUGAGAGGUAGCUCAUUAAAACUGCCAUUCUACAUAUUAUUUCCACAGUCCAGUAAUUUAUUUUAAAUUUGAGUAAUUUCAAAUUCCACAAACAAAACUGAAGAACAGCCAUAUUUUGUUUGAAUUCUCUUUUCUGUACACUCAGUGAUCUAAAACACCACAAUAUCCAACAUACACAAACCUCAGGGAAGGGUUAGUAAAUACACACAGAUUGGAAUCAUGGUGCUCUUUGUUCCUGAAUGGAAUGGUCCCACAGAAAAAGCACAGGAUACAGCACAACAUAAGGGCACCUGUUACAGAUGAAGUGAGCAAAAACACACUAGCAUUUUCUAUAUGCGUAAUGAGAAAACCUGCAUAGGUUAGAGGGCCUUUAUGCUCGUUUAUAAGUCAGGCAAGUUGUCUGUAAUGCAUUCUUCAAAUAAUUUGGAGAGCACUGCAAUCCAGUGUAGGAGAUGCUGAUUAGUGUUGUCUUUGCUGGCAUUGACAGUCUUGCAUGGUCACAUUCCAAUAUUUUCACUUUAGCUUUUCUUUGAAUAAAAGAUUUAAAUGCAUUUAGACAAUACAUACUGUAAGCUGUUUACAUACACUAAAUUUAAGAGAUUCAAUAGUAGAGAGUUUUUCUUUAAACACUACAGAGUGCAAAUCAGGUUCUUCACGACAGAUUGAAUAUUAAGCAGUUCUUCAAAGAAUGAAGGGGGAAAGAAACAAAGCCUGUGAAUAAAACAUUGAAACUAAUUCCCCUUUGAAAAUAAAUUCUAAAAUGACGCGGAAUGUGAAAUAAGCUUUUAACAUAUAGGUGAUCCAAGUUUAUAGUGAGAAACAAAAAGAAGUCCUUCAUGAAAUAAAGGUUACAAGAACAUGUGCCUGGUUUCCCCCGUUAUAAACUGAGAAGCAGGUAGAGACGAUAUUUCAGUACGAAAAUAGGACACUCAGGAUCGCUUCCAUCUCACAUGCUGUACCCAAAGCCAGGCUGUGGCUGCCCAUAGGGCGGUGCAGUAUAACCAUAGCCAAAAGGUGCCUGGGGAGGGACUGCAACACUGGGUCCUGCUGUCAGCAUCAAUUGGGGCUGACC